AUGCCGUCGCUGAAGGACCUCAAUUGUAGCAUUGAACUAUCGCAAACCCAGCACGCUUUACCAGAGUACGGUACCACCUACGGCGAUGGAUUUGUAGAGACAUUUGUGCCUGUACCCAACCAGCCGCAGUCUUUCUCAAUUCAUCUCACAUCCAACACAUUAAUCGCGCCGGGCAUCGCCAUCUUUGUCUACGUCGACGGCGUCUAUCAGUGCAAUCGCAACAGGCAAGACAUCAAGCCCCGAAAACCGUCGGACAGUCGCUCUUUGGUGGACUUUAGGGUGCGUCAAAAAGAGGAGAGACAGAAGGAUGGGUCUAUGAUUGCGCGAGAAUGGACUUUUGAUAAUUUGGAUAUUGCGUCUGUGGAUGAUGCGUCGAACCUCAACUCACCGGACACUAUUGACAACAUAGGAUGUAUCGAAGUCGUGGUGCUGCGAUGUGCUGGCAGUCGAGAUGCAAAAUCUGCUUCGGCAAUCAACUUGGACGGUGCUGGUGACUGGCCUGACCAUCGUUUUAGCUUGAAAGACUCAACAAGCAGCCACAAUCGAUCCAUGUACGAUGACCGCGGACCGUUUUUCAAUAGCUCCCGCAAUAUCUCUGGUCCGCCAGCACCUUGGUCGUCCUAUCGCGCACCGUACGCCGAAACACUGCAGAGCCUCGAGAGCUCCAAGACACAGAUUCAACAUAACACUCUUCCCGUACGGCAUAAGUCUUCUAGAGUAUCUGUCAGACGUCAGUCGAAGUCCGGCUCCCGGUACUCAGAAGUGGUCAGCCCGCGCACACGACGCUUAGAAAGCCUUCCCUCUUCGGGCUUCCAAUACGGCAGUGGACCUAUCCCACCUGAUAGAAAACUUGCUCGUCGUGACACUAAUAAGGUUACAACUCCGGAAACAAGUGGUGUCAAUCCUGCGUGGCUGGAAACCGUAUUGAAGGCGGCAGUCAAACAGGGUGUAGAGGAGUCACGGCAGGCAGAAGCCCAGUCUGCACGGUGUGACAGAAAUUCAGACCACACAUUACAGAAAGAAGACAAAACAAGUCAGGCCCCUGGCGCAUGGCCAGAAUCUCCACGCACUGCGCCUGUGCAUGUACCUCAUUCCUUCAAGGCGUCACCAUCCCAACGCAAUCAGCGCAGUGACCGCGCAUCAGAUUGGGUUCAGUCACAAAGUGGGUGGGGCCAGCUUGAGACAAGGAGCAAAACGGGAGCCCACACAAAUCAGAGCGAAGAGCAUUUGUGGGAGACAGAAACCUCCGAGUAUGUCAAUGAGUGGCGUUCCUACGAAGAAACACCGUCAGAUUCUUGGGAUACUGAUGAAACUUGGGAGACGAACAGAGGAGGUGAAAUUUCAUUGGAACGCAUAAGAUGGGCAGCGAGUGUUUCACCCUCGUACUCUACAAGUUCGUCCAGCAGCUCAGAUAACACGAUACAGCCGUCACAUUCUCGAAGCCAUAUAAAGUCUCCGCGAAAGAGAUCAAACAGUCGUGCUCUUUCCUCGAAGUCCACGCGAUCUUAUCAUGACCCAGAUUCUUCUCGGUAUCCGCUUUGCGCGGAAAACUUGAAGCGCAUAGAUUCUGAAGGGAUACAUGCUCCUGCAAUCACGCGAGUGAUACCAGAUGUCCAAAAUCACCCAGAUAUCGCUCUUCCAACGCAUACACAGUCAAGAAGACCAAGCGGGCAUGUUAAUGCGUGUCUUUCUGCAUCAGGAGCUCCAGCUUCGCCUGCAGCCGUAAACAAUACCAGUAACAUAUUUCCAGCUCCAUAUGCACCAUCUGCGAAGGGAUAUGCAUGGGACGCUAUUGGUGCCGGCGAAAAGGAUCGUAAUUCCACAGCUUCAUCUACUUGGGGUAGCAACAGAGUGCAUUCCUGGGCCAUUGCCACGUCUCCAGGUUCCACCUGGGAAACCGAAAAACCCAAGAACUAUGACAAGACCGACUGGUACUCAACUUCCGAUGACGAUGAUGGGAAUAUCAAAUGGACCACUCCACCUGCUGAUCGUAAAAACCCAGAACCUAUAGGAUGGCAGGAUAUUAUCAAGCCGACCUCGCCAUCCGAUACAAAGAAAUCGAAAUCGAAAUCGAAACCUACGAAAAAGGACUCAUUAGCACUCCAAGAGCUAAAAAGUGUCCUCGAAAUGAGUUUAGGCAAGGAAAAGAAAGGUGACAGGGUGAAGGGGAACAAUGAAUCACAGCCUGCUAUUCAGGAAGAGAAAGACCAGAAGGACAAGAAAAACAAGUCAUCUGGCCGUAACCCUACUUCUCAUCGUGACAAGAGUUCAAAAUCCCCUACCAGGUCCCGAGUUCAGCCUCCGAAACCCCACUGGUGUUUUCCUCCGCCACCUCCACCUGCAUCCCUCUUGCCUUCUCCUUCGCAAUCCGCCAUCACAGCCGCCGCAGGCUCUAAAAAGAGACCAAAGCACGUCGUCCGAACUAGCACACCCAUUCCCUACGGUCAUGCCAUAGCGAGACCAGAGUACGUGGAUAGCCUGGAGAAGCCAUAUGCAGUGUUUCGAUUCAAAUACCGGAGUUUGGAUGCAUUGAAGAAAUUGGGGGUUAUUAUGUAA